UGAUGAUGUGAACAGACUCUGUGUGACUGUGGAGAGAAAGGUGAAACAGAGAGCAGAUGCUUUCCCCCUGGGUUUUAAUGACCGAUGGAUCUGAUGGAGGUUUAAAGGAGAGUUUAACUCUUAAGAGAAGGAAGCUACAGAUGGCUAACUUAAACUUUACUCUGCAUGCAAAAAAUAACCGUCAAAGAGACUGUCACAACAGGCUAUUGGCUGACAUAGCCUUCUGAUUGGCAGCUUCUGUGAUUACCGACUGAUGCUUGAACAAACAAGAGGCCUAAGACUGGGAUGUUGUCUGUUUUAUUCUUGUGAACAGAUUGGGAUUGCAGGCUGAGGAGGACACUGAAGCAUUGACUGUCCAUCAAAGUCAUCUUCAGGGAUGGAAAUUCUUAACAUAGUCCCGGGAGAUGAGAAGGAUCAAUUAAUGUGACUACAUGUGCCGGGUGCAUUCCCAUCACUUUCAAGAUGAUGUCAGGUUGUCGUGGUAACACAGGGCAGCAGAGGCCGUCUGCUGAAGCUUGAGUCUGUCCCAGAAUGCACCAGCUCUUUCGUCUAGUGCUGGGUCAGAGGGACCUGUCCCGUGCCGGAGAUCUGUUCUCUUUGGAUGACUGUGAGAUUGAAGACUGUCUGUCUGAAGCCCUGGAGGAAAUCAAAAUAAUAUCCUGCUCUCCAGACUACCUGACCAAUGACAACGAUCAGGCGGUGGUGGAGAUCUGCAUCACUCGCAUCACUACAGCCAUCAGGGAGACAGGUUCAAUCGAGAGGCAUGGAGCAGCUCUCGUGUCACUGUGGGAGUCGUGUCUCGAGCAUAACCUCCAGCCACAGGGCAAAGAUGAAGACACACCGCAUGCCAAGAUCGCCUCUGACAUCACCAGCUGCAUACUGCAGAACUACAAUAGGGCUCCAGUGAUGGCGCUGGCAGUGCCUGUGGCGGUUCGAUUCUUGCAGCAGGGGAACCAAGAGCUGAGCAGAAACAUGUCCAGCUACUUGUCACUGGCUGCCAUUGCUAAAGCCGAACUUCUGGCCCAACACACGCAGGCCAUCACACGCAGCGUUCUGGGAGGUAACUCCAUGCUGUUGAGGGUGCUGCCAUCUUUGUAUCCUCGCCAACCGGAGCCCAUCCACCAUCACGUGCGCGAACUGACUGCGCUGAUGUCACAGCUGGACCAGACCGGCAGACGGCAUCUGCUCCGACUGCUGCAGAUGAUCUCUGACCUUAACCCUCUGGUAUUGUCUGCUUUGGUGCCGUCUUUGAUUGGUUACCUCAGCGACUGUGAUCUGAGUGAUGCUGUACUGAGCGUGUUGGUGAAUGUCGCUCAGUCUAGCCCCGCCUCCCUCGCACCAUUCCUGUCAAUGCUGAGAGGUGUCAGUCAACAGAACCCUGCGCUACUUGGACACAUCGCUAAGAUCCAUGGAGCAGUGGGUCUAACCUGUGAGGCACAAGCUCGUGGGGCGCUGCAGUAUCUGGUGUCUCUGUUAGAGAGUAUGGAGCACAGCGUCCAUCACACACUGCUGCUAGAGAUUCGCUCUCUGACCGAUCGCUACACCUCCAUUCUGGGGGGCGGAGGUAAAGACAUCUACCGCAUGAGCAACAGUUUCACAGCCAUCGCUCGACUGCUGGGACGCAAGCUGGAGGCUGAAAGUCCAGCUGCUAGAAGAGAGGAGAAGGUCCAUGAAAUGACAAGACCAUGUGACGUUAAGUUUAAUUCUGAAGUGUUCACCGAGGACCAGCGGCUGCAAGUGAAGAUCCAGGGCUUUGAGGAGAAGUUGGAUGAUGAGAAGGUGGAGUCUGAGGAAGAGGGCGUGUCUCCAGGGCCUCAGAGACGUCACAGCCUGUGCCAGGGAGAACGAGACGAGCGCAGAGAGAUGAGGUUUAACAGGUCAAAGAGUCUAGCUCUUCAUGUCGUCCGCACACGAUCCAUUAACUCUGACAGCAGCCCAGAGGGUGAGGGGGUGGAGCCUAAUCCAGAACCUGAUCCAUGUGUGACCAAUCCCAGCCCAGAGACCAGCUCUGCCCCCUCAUCCCCACAGGAAAACCACGCCAGCACCACAGAGACCAAACAAGACACAUCUCCAAACAAUGACGGGCAAACGGUAGAAGCUGGAGAUCCCCGGGAGGGAGAUCGCCUGUGGACCCACCUGCGAGACAACAUGGAGGAAAUUAAAACCUUCUGUGCGGAAAUGAUCAAACAAAUCCCUAUUCCUGACCAAUGUGUCAUUGAAGACUCACAGCGUGGUUGUGUAGCUAAGCUGUCGUUCUCUUGUCCAAUGAAAGGACACUAUUGCCUCUAUGGGAAGUCCAGUUUCUCCUUGUACAGCUGUCAACCGCACCUCUGGAUCCAAAUCAUGCUGCUCACUCUGCAGAGCAAAAUGAGUGAGGUGCUGUGCUCUCAGGAUGAAUGUGUUCAACAGUUAAAGAGACUGUGGGAGAAAACACAGCUGACAGGAGCUCACAGCUUUGAGCUGGCCAUCACCCAGACUGCUGUUCCUCACAAGAAGGAUGUGGACAGUUUGCAGGUCUUUCUGGAAGAAGUGCGUUUCUUUGAUCUGUUCAGCUACAAUGAAGAGGAGGGCGGCUGGCUCUGUUUCAUGUGCAGUAACCCUGAAAAAGCCACAGGUGUUAAUCAGGAUGGUCAGCCGCUCAUUGAGGGCAAGCUGAAGGAAAAACAGGUGCGCUGGAAGUUCAUCAAAAGGUGGAAAACGCGUUACUUUACUCUGGCUGGUAACCAACUUCUCUUCAGAAGAGGAAAAUCAAAGGACGAGCUGGACAACAGCACAAUUGAACUGAGCAAAGUUCAAAGCGUCAAGGUUGUUCCAAAGAAGAGACGCGACCGUGGGCUGCCCAGGGCCUUCGAGAUCUUUACCGAUAGCAAGACCUACGUGCUGAAAGCUCAAGAUGAGAAACAUGCGGAGGAAUGGCUCCAGUGCAUCAAUGUGGCCGUAGCCCAAGCCAAAGAGCGAGAGAACCGGGAGGCCACCACGUACCUGUGACGCAUCACGCUCAUGUGAACUUAACACUUCAUCAAACGUCUCUUAUGGUUCUUCACUGGAAUAAUCCUGCAUAGACGGUCAGUUACUGUCGCUGCCCACUUUGAUGAUCGACGUGUAAAAGGCCAAAAAUGGGGCGCUAUUUGUGAGCACCCUUUUGAAUCAUCACUGACAAACGGUGCACAUCUCAUGGAUUUCACGGUAAAAACAGAAACGUGAAGUGUAUAUUUGGGAUACGAACCAAAGGGAAGACUGAUGUUUAAAUUGAAUGAUUUGGACACAUACCCCCUGAUCAUUUUAUGGAAGUAUUGAUAGUAUUUGGAAUUAUUUGGGAUCAGGAACAUUUUUAUUAUAAUAAGUGUUGCUAUCUGUUGGGGUCAGUAUCUGUAAAUGUAGAAACCUGUAUAUUACUGCCAGUCCCAAUGACAAACUUAAAAAAAAGAUCUUUAUAGCAAUAAUAAUGUGGAAUAUUUAAUUUUCAAUUUUAAAUAGUUCACACAAAAAUAAAAAUUCAUUUUCUCAUCUCCAUGUCCUUCUAAACCUGUAUGAAUAUUUUUUUUUUCUAAUGAACACAAAAGAAGAUCUUUUGAUAAAUAAAGUGGUUACAAUCAGCUGUGUGCUUACCAUCAUUUAUCAAAAUAUCUUCUUUUGUGUUUAUCUGAAAAACUUAAUUCAUACAGGUUUACAUGACAUGACAAUGCCCUUUUUUGGGUGAACAAUCUCUUUCAAAGUGACAACACGCAACAACAAGUGCCUUUAAUAAUCACCACAUUUACCGAGGAGAUAAGUCAAACUUUAAGUGCAGAUGGCACAAGAAAUGUACACACUGUUCUCAGACCCAUGAACUUGUAUUUCAUUGUAUGCCUUCUUUAAUAAUCUGAGGACCACUCCAAAGUUUGAGGGACCCUGAGAACAUUGAUGGUUAAAGACAUUUGUUUCACCACAUUGAGUUUUAUAGCUGUGUUUCAUAUCUUACUGCCAAAACUUUUCCACUUUUGAUCCGAGACCAAAUACCACACUGGAGCUGUACUGUAACAAUGGCUCAGAUACAAGCCUGUUUAUAUUUAUAGCAAUGGCUAUUGUUAGCAAUACACAGUUCUCACACAUCUGGAAUCUUUAAUGCUGAUCUUUCAUGUUUACCCUUUAAAAUUUCUUUUCUUUGCGAAACAGAUCAUGAUACAUUUUUUAUACCUCGCUUAAAGAUUUACUUUACGGGAUAGGUGAGAAUUUCCUGCAAUAAUCACAAAGAAAAUUUAUUAUUGAAAAUGAAUCCUUAAAUCAGUAUUUUAACAAUAAAAUAAUUCCUCAUGGGUUACACUCUUAAAGGAACACGCCCACAUUUUGGGAAUUUAGCUUAUUCACCGGAUCCCCCAGAGUUAGAUAAGUCCAUACAUACCUUUCUCAUCUCCGUGCGUGCUGUAACUCUGCCUGACACAGCCCCCGCUAGCUUAGCUUAGCACAAAGACUGGAAGUGAAUGGCUCCAGCUAGCAU